AUGGAAUCAACAACCGUAAACUCCAGCUCGUCAAAAACAAUAACAGAAGCUAUCUAUUUAUUCAUAUUGCUCUCGUUAGGCUGUAUCAUUUUGGUGGUCCUGAUUUUGGGUCUAUGGGACUGUGCCUGUGGCUCGAACCCUGAAAAUAUUCAAAUUGUUGAGCAAAAGGAUGCCGCCGAUCAUAUGGAUGUCGAAAUGAGAGAGAAAUAUAGAUCAAAGAUCCUGUGGGGCCUACUUUCCUUCAACUGUAUUCCGCACUUACGCAAAAUGAAGGAAAAACAAGAGGAAGAGCGACACAGGCUCCCUCAGACAAACUUAGGAGGGGCGUCCAGGACAAAUGCCCAAAACUCUACCCUUGGAAUACGAAAAGCAACCAGACCCUCCAGUGGAAGAAGUAAUACAUCUAAGACUCUUCGAUUCGAAGAACCCCUUCCGAGUUCUCACAAUGAUUUCCCCAAACUAAGUUGUGAGAAUCCUCGGGAAAACGCUUUAGGCCAAAGCUGCCCUGAUGGUCCCAGGAAUGACGGCGAGUUCGAAAAUUAUCAUCAGUUUGUGCCAUUCAUUGAGGAGAAUAUCAAUGUUGUGCCUAAGCCGUCUAUGCGAAAGGGUGUCGAGCCCGAUGAAGAAAUAGUGCGCUAUUCCUAUCGUGAAUUGGCCGAUUUGGAAGAGAAAUUUGAUCUACCGGCAAUCAACGUUGGCGAGAAAGUGCGCACAUCUCAGCUUCUCACAAGCAAAGCGUCAUUGCCAAUUCCCACGAGUGUGAGCGACGAUUACUUGAAUUCUAUCAAGGAGUUGAUUCUCGAAAGUGAGGUUACACACAGAAGAAUCGGGCUAUUUCAGCUUGUUGCUGUCGGCGCGUUUCUGGUCCCAUUCACAAACCCAAUUCAUUUCAAUAAGGUAUUUUGUUUCUUAAUGAUGCAUGCCAUAGACAUGCUCAAGAUCUACAAUGACACGGCUUCCACUCCAAUACUACAGGUUUACCUCGUCGAUCUCGGCUGUUGUUUUCUCUGGGAGCAUUGGGAUAGCAAAAUCAAAGGAACUAAUAAAGCUUAUGGCUGUUUUCUACUUCACAAUCAAAAUAAGAAGGCUUCUCGUAUGAACGAAUUGACGAACGGCUUGGCCGCUGGACAUUCUGUCUCCUCAGAAUAUCAAGAUUGUGACGCUGAUUUUGAAAGAACAGAAGCGGAGACGAAAGCAGAAGAUCUGAACGGUCUACCUUCUGGUAGAUAUAGACAGCUAUCUGCCUUCAGCGAGGUAUUCUCAGAAGAAGACCAAUUGUCUGUCAUUCGGAGAGAACCAGACCUGCCCAAUGCCCGGUUCAAUCCUCCCAUAGAGGUGGGCCAAAUAAUCGUAACAUUCCGGCUCAUGUGCAACAUGUUCCUCGGAACCCCAGCUCUUGCCAAAGAGGUACGCUCCUAUUGUAUCUUCAAGAUCAGUAACGUGUUUCGAGCCUGUGCCGCCAGAGCACCAUGUGAUCAGCAUCCACUACUACUUCCCUUAGUUGAACUGUCAAUUAACAACACCCGCCGAGAUGACAUCAAAUCCUUCUUCUACGACAUUUUUACUGAAAUUGUGCUGCAUCAUUUAGGCUGUUGCAUUAAACCUGCAUACAUUUUUGCACCCAAUUCUAUAAUACAGAGUUUGGUAGUCCAUGGUCUUGUGGCACUGCAACCGCUACACGUGCGGAACCAAGCAGGUAAGUUGAAGACGAUUAUUGCCCGUCAAUACCGAGACGCACGUCUUUGGGGAACUCCAAUCUCGGAACUAGACGAUGGCCGUGGUUUCGCUGCACCUGGAGGGUGGUACUCACCUGCAUGA